AAAAAAUGUAGAAGAUUUCACUGGACCUAGAGAAAGAAGUGAUCUGGGAUUCGUCACAUUUGAUAUUACUGCAGAUCUGCAGAGUAUAUUUGACUGGAAUGUUAAACAAUUGUUUCUAUAUUUGUCUGCAGAAUAUUCAACAAAAAACAAUGCUCUAAACCAGGUGGUCCUUUGGGACAAAAUAAUGUUGAGAGGAGAUAACCCAAGGCUGUUCUUAAAGGACAUGAAGUCAAAGUACUUUUUCUUCGAUGAUGGGAAUGGUCUCAAGGGAAACAGGAACGUCACUUUGACUCUCUCCUGGAAUGUUGUACCAAAUGCUGGCAUUCUACCUCUUAUAACAGGAUCAGGACAUGUGUCUGUACCUUUCCCAGAUACCUAUGAAACAACAAAAAGUUAUUAAAUUAUGAUAAUGAGUCCUAAGCAAGAUAUUUUUAUACUUGUAUAUUGUGAAUAAAUUUUAUUGUGGUUUCUUCUUACAUCCCAUGCAACCCUUCAGUGAAAGCUACUUAAUUUCCUCAGGUCUAACAGCAUAGGAAAAGGAAGUGAAAGGUCAGGGUCUUUUUUUUAAAUAAAACAAUGGAGCUGAAACUUAAAGAAAAAGUAAAUUGCAGAAUUAUAGUUUUGGGGGGAAACUUAAACUUUUUUUUUUUUUCUCCUCACCAUCUGGUUAUAGAUCCCCUUUUCUUUUAAAUAAACAUUUUUAAACCAGA